AUGGCCGACCCGACUCAAAGACGAUAUCGUGGGAGUGGCAAGCUCAGUGAUUAUGAGAUCAUGACGGAGCGAUUGGGCGAGGGCACAUUUGGUGUGGUCUCUAAGGCUCGGUCGAAGCGCACAGGACAGGUUGUCGCGCUGAAAAAGAUUUUGAUGCACAAUGAAAAAGACGGCUUCCCAAUCACCGCACUGCGCGAGAUCAAAUUGUUGAAGAUGCUCUGUCAUCCGAACAUUCUCCGUCUCGAGGAGAUGGCAGUCGAACGGAAUCAGAUCGAUGAAAAGGGUAAGACGGGCAAGAAGCGCGCGACACUGUACAUGGUUACACCAUAUAUGGAUCAUGACCUGAGUGGUAUGCUCACGAACCCCGAUAUCAAAUUUUCCGAAGCGCAGAUCAAAUGCUAUCUGCACCAGCUUCUAGAAGGGGUUCGUUAUCUUCACGAUUCUCAUAUUCUGCAUCGUGAUAUGAAGGCUGCCAAUAUCCUCAUCUCAAAUAGAGGAAUCCUUCAAAUCGCAGAUUUUGGUCUUGCUCGGCAUUACGACGGACCAACUCCCCAGCCAGGACAUGGAAAUGGAACGGCUGUGAGGGAAUACACAAGUCUCGUAGUCACGCGAUGGUAUCGACCACCGGAGCUUCUCCUCACACUCAAGCGAUACACACCUGCUAUUGACAUGUGGGGUGUCGGCUGUGUCUUUGGAGAAAUGUUCGAACAAAAGCCAAUCCUGGAAGGUCACACCGAUAUGAACCAAUGCGAGAAAAUCUUCCGGCUUGUGGGACACCCGUCAGAACUCACAAUGCCGGGCUGGACCGAACUUCCCGGCUGCGAAGGGCGUAAAGAAUGGGAAGUAACGCCACGACCUGAAAUUGACCGGCGGUUCGGUAGAAUCGGGCCGCAGGGAUUAAAUCUGCUGAAGCAAUUACUCUGCCUCGACUGGCGGAAACGAAUUAACGCAUUUGAUGCUCUACAGCACGAAUACUUCACGGUCGCGCCUCUCCCUGCAAAGCCCGGCGACCUGCCUACUUACGAAGACAGUCACGAACUUGAUACUCGUCGUGGCAAGAAAGAAAAGCAGCAGCGCGCCGCACUGCCUCCGGCUCCUGCGGGUGGCACUGUCGGCAUGGGACCCGAAGAUUAUCAAGGCCAGGCAUAUCCGGGCGGAUACGGAUACAAUAACGACCGGGCACCUCGCGGUUAUGGUCGCGAGAGAGGUCCGCCUCCCCGAGGCUAUGAUGAACCACGCUACAACGAGAAUUACCGCGAACGUGACCGGGCCUCACGCGAACGCGACCCGCGAGAUCGGGAUCCUCGAGACCGGGACCCCAGAGACCGGGACCGCGAUCGAGGCUACCCUGGUCCCGGACGUGAUCGCGACGACCCACCUCCCAUACGAAGAACGCGGAGCCGGAGUCCCGAAAGAGAGAGGAGGGAGCGACUGCAGAACAGGGAGAGGGAGAUGUACAGGAGGUGA